CUCGAUAGGUUGGUGCAUUUUUGAGCGAGGAGUUCACUUCCUUUGGCAUUGUCUCCACUGUAUUCUGUCUAUUUUCGGUAAAGUAUGGCAGAAACAAUUGACUAUGAAAGCUUGAAUUUACUUCUAAAGGCUAGUUCCAGAGACAUCGUGGUGCGUUUAUGUGACCAGGCGGUCUUGUAUAAAGACCUCAUCCAACCUCCAACUGAAGUAGUCCACAAAAUUGCUGAACAACUCUCUGCAUCGGAUGACGAAGCCAACAAGUUGUUAUGUUCCCUCAGCAAGCUCAUCCGAAAUGUUCUCUUCAUCGGCUGUACUGAUGCCACCUCUGUCCAAAGCGUCUUCCCAAGUGAAUUCCACAAGAAUUUAAAAGAUCUUCUCACAAAAAUCAUCACAGAAAAUCUGCCAACAUGGAGGAAUAGAUCUAUCAACAGCCAGAUCUCCUUGCCACGCCUCGUUGACUUUGACUGGCGGGUCGAUAUCAAGACGUCUUCAGACACCCUGGCCAGAAUGUCCGUGCCAACAUGUGUACUCCAACUCAAAGUCCAAGAGAAUGCAACCAGAGUGGACGUUGCUCCAGACACGUCAACCAUGAAUGUUGAGCUCAGCAAAGAGACGUUAGACACCAUGCUCGACGGACUCGGUAAAAUAAGAGACCAGUUAAAUUCGGUGGCCAAGAAAUAGUUUUUGAAGUCUCAUUAUUAUUUUUUGUAAUAUAAUAUAAGAUUUUUAAAAAGGGGAGAAUUAUUUUUUGGGAAGUUUGGGAAGAUCAUGAAUGGGGGCAAUGGGGUUACUAAUAGGGAAUCACAGAGAAUGCCGAGCGCAACUUAAUCACUUUUGCUGGCAAGCCUGAGGAUACCUGUCAACCAGAGUGCUUACUACUUGAACCAGAAAUCUUGGGAGUUAACAUCUAAACUCUUAGGUGAUAAGUGUUCUGGGCUCUUUUAGAUGACUGCACAACAACCCUUCUCCGAGCUCUAUUUUUGCAGUCUUUACUUAAGACAAUAAACCACGGACGAUGUGCUAUUGAUUUUUGCUUUAAUAACAUUAAUGACAAAAAGAGUUUUACAUAAUUGUGGAAAGACCAACAACGACGCUUUUCAAAACCAUCAUGGCUCGAUUUCACAAAACUAAACUAAACUUCAUCUAAAGACAACGUAUCAGUAUUGAUAUUUUCUAUUGUAACAUCACACUUUACUAAGAUUGAUUAACAGCUGUGGAUCAAUCUUCGCUCUUUGUGUUACGGCCCCAGUGAUCUGUGUUGUGCGGACUGAUCUGAUGCCUAUUGUAUUGUACCCACCAGCUACCAUAUUGCCACUCUAUCAAGCCAUUCUACUAUUAAUAGGAGACUUUUGGGACGCUUGGUGGCAGCAGACUUACCAGGUAAAAUCCAUUGUUCUCGGUAAUGUGCGCAG